AUGGCUCAACGGCCUCCAUCACCAGGCGAUGAGGCCACGCCUUUCCUCCUCCGAGUCUGUGUCAAGCAAGCUCCCUUCCGUCCGCUGGACGACUUUCAUUCUUCCAACCGCGCAUCCCGCGACGAGUUCAAGCUGCACGUAUGGAAGACCAACACGCUCAGAGAGGUGGCUCAGAUGCUCUACGAUGCCGAUCCGUCCAUAUCAUCGCCUCUGGCUCUGCACGCGUUCCGACGCAUCUCCUGGAACGACCGAUCGCGAACGUACGAGGCCGCAUCCAUCGGUGUCGGUGUGACCCGCGUCCCUUUCACCAGCAUCUCGUCCCUCCUCUCUGACAUUACGGACAAAGACCCUGGCAACGGCACCACCGCAACGUCGGAAGAAACGGCAGAUUCGACCAGGGAAGCUGAUCCUACUUCGCCAGCAGCGCUGCUUGGUUGGCACACGCUCUCCGAUGAGAUCGACGAUACAGCCGCCGCAAUCACGUUGGCACAGCUGGAUCUAGCCGACGGCGACUUGAUCGACUGCGUCGUCAAACCCGACCCCUCUCUCGCUCUGGCGCCCAAGCAGUCCAGACCUACAGACCGCAAUCGACGGGUCUCGACAGACCGCUAUCGUCCCUACCGACACUAG